UCAUUAAAUUUGUUGACGCCUUGCAAACAAGUACAAAAAAGUUAUUCUGUAAUAAAAUUGGUACAAUUAUUAACUGAAAAUCAUGGCGGAAACUGAGAAAAUCGAAGUGCGCGACAUUACUCGCAUUGAGCGUAUUGGCGCGCAUUCACACAUUCGCGGUCUGGGACUUGACGAUGUGUUGGAAGCACGCGCUGUUUCCCAGGGCAUGGUGGGACAGAAGGAUGCUCGCCGUGCUGCUGGGGUGGUGGUGCAAAUGGUGCGCGAGGGCAAAAUAGCUGGACGUUGUAUUUUGCUAGCCGGCGAGCCAAGUACCGGCAAAACUGCAAUCGCUGUGGGUAUGGCACAAGCGUUGGGCACGGAGACGCCAUUUACAAGUAUGUCUGGCUCGGAAAUAUACUCGCUGGAAAUGAGCAAGACAGAGGCUUUGUCGCAGGCGCUGCGCAAGAGCAUUGGCGUGCGUAUCAAGGAGGAGACAGAGAUAAUUGAAGGUGAGGUGGUUGAAAUACAAAUUGAGCGACCAGCUACCGGCACUGGCCAAAAGGUGGGAAAGGUUACACUGAAAACUACCGAAAUGGAGACCAACUACGAUUUGGGUAACAAGAUCAUAGAGUGCUUUAUGAAAGAAAAGAUACAAGCUGGCGACGUCAUUACAAUCGAUAAGGCAUCCGGCAAGGUAAACAAGCUGGGACGCAGCUUCACUCGUGCUCGUGACUACGAUGCUACUGGAGCGCAGACGCGCUUCGUGCAGUGCCCAGAAGGAGAACUGCAGAAGCGUAAGGAAGUCGUGCACACAGUGACAUUGCAUGAGAUCGAUGUGAUCAAUAGCCGCACUCACGGAUUUCUAGCUCUAUUCUCGGGCGAUACUGGCGAGAUUAAGCAGGAAGUACGUGAUCAAAUCAACAACAAGGUGCUGGAGUGGCGUGAGGAGGGCAAGGCCGAAAUCAAUCCGGGCGUCUUGUUCAUUGAUGAGGUGCAUAUGCUGGACAUUGAAUGCUUCUCAUACUUAAAUCGCGCUCUAGAGUCGGACAUGGCUCCGGUGGUGGUCAUGGCUACCAACCGUGGUAUUACACGUAUUCGCGGCACCAACUAUCGCAGUCCGCAUGGCAUCCCCAUUGAUUUGCUAGACCGUAUGAUCAUCAUACGCACUGUCCCCUACACCGAGAAGGAGGUCAAGGAAAUACUGAAAAUACGCUGCGAGGAGGAGGACUGCAUUAUGCAUCCCGAUGCUUUAACCAUUCUUACACGCAUUGCCACAGACACUAGCUUACGCUAUGCCAUACAACUAAUUACUACAGCUAAUCUGGUUUGCCGUCGUCGCAAGGCCACUGAGGUAAACACAGAGGAUGUGAAGAAGGUGUAUUCGCUGUUUCUGGAUGAGAAUCGUUCGAGUAAGAUACUGAAGGAGUACCAGGAUGAUUACAUGUUUAGCGAGAUCACAGAGCAUGCGGAAGAGUCGACUGGCAGCGGCGCCAAGCGUCGCACUGAAGUUGGUGCCGGCGAUUCCCAGCCCAUGGAGCAUUAGAUUUUAAAUAUCAUAUAUUCCCUAAUCAUUCUCAAGAUAAUUCAUACUGUGAGCUUCAAUAAAUGUUUAAAAAAAAA